GCUGGUAUGUCUGAGACCAUCCUGGAUCAGAGGAGACGGCUUUUGUCUAAGCUUGAUAAGCUAUUGGCAUCGAUGCCGGUCCGAUCGCAACUGAUCAUAGGAGGGGACUUCAAUGUCACCCUGACCCCGAUGAGCAGAAUCGCUGGUUACGGCUUGCUGCAGAAGGAGCUGUCGGAGAAAGAGAGGGCGGACCAGGAUCUGUUAAUGCGACUGCUCCAACGGCACAAGCUGUCGGCUCUCAACACGUGGUCUAAGAAGGGCACCGCUGCCACAUACCUACACGCCAAGGGCAGGAGUCAGAUCGACUAUGUGUGCGCCAGGCAAGCCGAUGGAGAACCACAGGACAUCUCCCCCUGGUGGGUUCAAUCCCACAUCGAUGGACGCCAUGGGCCAAGCAACAUCGAGAAGGAGAAGCACCGGAACGGCUUGUACGACCGGAGCUUGCGCCGGUACUUUAAGCUUCGCAUUGCUUACAUGAGAGUGCACAGGCAUGAUAUGCGUGGUCUGUUCGGAGUGAUCAACUUGCUUUGCCCUAGAAAGGGAGUGCAGCGUAUCAGACUUCGGGAUGAUGCGGGGCAUCUGAUGAACGGCCUGGAGGAAUGUAAAGUCCUCGCAGCUUAUGCCCGGGAGCUUUUCAUGGCUUCAAAUAGCCCCAGGCUUCCGCUGCUACGCAUCCCAGAGGAGAUACUUGACAUUCGAAGAUGGCAUCAGGCAGCCUCGAAGCUCAAGGCGGAGAAGGCAGCCCCGAAUGCUACCCCACCGCUUCGUAACUGGAAACAACAUAGCAAACUCAUUGUCCCUAUACUCCAUGCACAAGCUGUCCAUCAUUUAUGCAGUGAUACACCUCAUAUUCCUGGAGAAUGGACGGAGGUGCAGCUGGCCUGGUUGGCGAAGCCGGGAAAGUGUCCCAGCAAGCCCUCCAACUUGAGGACCGUGGGGCUCAUGGCGGGUGAUACCAAGAUGUUCAUGACUGUCUUAAAAGAGGCGGUGCAGGCUGAAAUCACGCAGGGCCUAUGGGAUAUUCCGCAAUUUGCGUACCGAAAGAUGGCUAGUACAACGGAUGCCCUGCUCAGGGGCAGUCUCCAUUGCAUACAGGUGCGCGCUCUGGCAGGCCAGGUCAACACAGAUGUUACCACUCGACUGCUUACCGGGGCCCUUCCUGAACUUCAGGGGGGAUUGAUGCUUAGCUUGGAUCUGGCCAAGGCCUUUGAUUGCAUGCCUUUUGGAGUGAUGUAUGAGAGCUUGAGGGAGGUUGGAGUCUCAGAUGAACUGUCCAGACUAAUAGUGGAGACACACAGACAAUCCGUCUGUAUAGUGCGCCAUUGUGGUCACUCUGAGACAGUUCAGAUGAAGCGCGGACUUCGCCAGGGGUGUCCACUUGCUCCGAGCGUCUUCACGGCGUGGACCAUCAAGCUAUGCAGACUGCUGGGCACCGAGUGGUGUAGAGAACAUACCAGUUUCUUUGCAGAUGAUGUCCAUGGCCAUUGGAUAAUACGAACGUGUCAAGAAUUUCAUGAAGCCAGAGCUCGAGCCCUCAAGCUCAUUGCGGCAUUGCACCGUUCGGGCAUGAAGGUCAACUUUGACAAGUCCAUGGCAGUUCUUCUACUACGUGGAAGCGCCGCGACAGGGAUUAAGCAGAGGUUUGUCAAGUGGGACAGGAACAGGUAUGUGUUUGUUCUGGGAACGGAUGAUUGCACGGGUCGUGAGGUCAGGUUGCCGAUUCAAGAUAAAAUGGACUAUCUAGGGGCCACUCUGUCUUAUGGAGCGAUGGAGAUGCAGACGGUGCAGUUCAGAGCAACAAAAGCAUGGGCGAAUUACACCAAGCUCAGGUUUUACGACGUGCGGAUCUUGCCCCUGCAGAGCUUUUGCGUCAACUACUACAAGGUGCUACAGGAAGAGCAGCAGGCACCACCGAGGCCUCCCACGGGGUCGAGAACACUGGAGGACAAAGAAAUUGCCAAGUACCAGACCAAGUGCAUUCUUUGCGCGCAGAUGGUGAAGGUCUUGGCUGUUCGCAAACUCUACUCGGAGGGCACUCUUGAUCUUCAUCUGCACUCCAGGCGGGGACCAGCUCUCAAACAACACGAGAAGGAGAAGCAGUACAUGCAGGUGGAACGCAUAGGCAUUAAGGCGAUGCUACGUGGACAUGCAUCCAAACCUGCGCCGAGCGAGGCUACCACGACCAAGCAGGCGACCCCUUCUGCCUCGGAUCCGUCCUCAGAGCUCUUGGUAAACGUGGCGCAGGGGGAUGCACCAGGAGCGAGCAACUCCAUUGGCCCCGGCAGGUCAAACGGCUAUGCGGUGGCCGGAACUCGAUCAGUCAGGCUACACAAUCCACAUAACCUGUGCUAUAUGAAUGCUGGGAUCUUGGCAUUAGUGCAUGCAUUGAAGGACACGGACCUCCCUCGAGGACUACGACAACUCCGAGAUGCCAUCGAUGGGCAACAGGGCAAUGGCCUCAACCUUGCAACGCAUUUCGGGCUUAGAGCACUCUUCAGAGGAUGGACACUGGAUAACAGGCAAAAGGACGCUGCAGAGUUCACGGGCUUCCUACUCAACAAGGUAGGCUUCGGACACAUGUCGUGGGAAUCUAGGGUGAUGGGUAGGGGAGUCCACCAAGUGAUGGACGGAACAGGCAUGCUGUACUUGGACCUGCCCCAUGGCGACUGUGAUCUUCAAGAGCUGGUCAGUGCAUGGUCGUAUCAGGCACACACACAUGCGAUCGUGAUAGAGACAGGCUACUUUAUUGUACAGCUGGGCAGGUUUCCUCAUCGUGGAAAGUCGAUGAUCCAGGUCCGCUUUGCUCAGGAAGUGAAUGUGCCGGUUUUCACGACAGGGAUUGACUGUGAGUGGGUACCGUACAUUGUGGUGGCAGGUCUGCUGCACUUCGGGGACUCUCCAGACUCCGGGCAUUAUCGUGCGGCGCUGAGAGAGCAAGCAGAUUGGUGGAUCACCGAUGAUGGGGCGGCAAUGUCAGCGGAGCUUGAGGUUCCCAUGGAACAGGAGGAGGAGCUACGCAUCUGGGCGGCCUUCAAGCAAGCGGCCCCGCAGACCGCGGAAUCCUUGGCCCUCGAGGUGGAUCGCUCUGCCAAGUUCCACAAGCCGGAAGGCAAAGGGGAUUCGAAGGGACCCGACGCCAAAAUGACGGAUGAAAAGGAGGCGGAGAACAAUCCUGGUUCCAGCCAGGGUUCCCGAGGCAGGCAAUCCAAUGGCCAGGGCUCCAAGGGCCAUGGACAGCAGGGUGGAUAUCAGCGCUCGCGAAACCAAAACAGCUGGGGCUCCGGACGCUGGAGCAACUGGAAAAAGGACGAUGAGGAUGAAGCCAUCGCCAUGCUCAAGACUUUGGUUGGACAGCUGGCCAGGCUAUGCUUGAGGCAUGAGGACUCCAUUAACAUGUGGAGGGCUGAAAGCUCGUUCGUGCUAUUCGUUCGCACUGGCAUUCCGGGCAGUCUUGUGCCAUCCUUGUUUGCUGCGAAAACAGAAUGGCAGAAGCUCAAGGAGGAGCAGCCGGAGAAGGUCAAACGACCCAUGAGGAACAUGCUGUUCAGCUGCCUCCUGAAGGAGAUGUUUGACAGAUUGCAGCAGCUUCGGGGCGACACCGAGCGCCGGGGAUCAAUGGAAAAGCUGGGGUGGCUGAAGGGCGAGGACUUCCAGCGCCUCCGCUGGGACUCAAAGUUGAAGAAGAAUGUCAAGGACGAGGAGUCCUCCGUGAUUUCGUACGAGGAUGUGUUGGCGAUUUUACAGUCGAUGCUGACUCGAUGCAACACGGUGGAGGCUCUGCUUAGAUUCCAUCCCACCAGGCCGAUCACGGAGCAGAUGCAGGAGGGAACUGUGGCGUUCUUGCUGCAGUUCUCGUUGCAAAAUGACAAUGGAUUGCAGCUCUUUGCGGACAUGAAUCAGCUGUGCCACUGUGGCUCCACGAUGGUCUGUGGAAUCGAGGUGAAACGGGAGCGUAGCUCUCGCAGUCAGCUGGCCAACCAGAUCAGCCGCCUGUUAAACUCCCUCGAGAAGUAG